AUGGCAAACAAAGGGGAUCAAACGGGGGAAGAUGGUGGCAGGGACGGGAUAGGCCCCGUGCUCCCAGCUCAGGGCCAGCCGAGCUCCAGCCAUCAGGAGCAGAGUGGCGCCCAGCCCGACCUGCUGUGGCUGGCCGACCUCACGGGCGCCCACAUCGGCCUGGCCCCCAUCUCCCAGGACCCCGAGGACCGCUGCAGCAUCUGGGAGAACCUGGUGAGCCUGGUGGACUUCCAGAGCCCGGGCUUCCCCCUGACCUCCGAGGAGCUCUGCCACUACAUCGACAUCCCCCGCGCGCCCGUGGCCGUGCCCGGGGCUGGGACCCCCCCCGUGCCCCCGGGGGACGUCGACUACAGGACCAACGCUCACGUGAAGCCGCCCUACUCCUACGCCACGCUGAUCUGCAUGGCCAUGGAAGCCAGCCAGCAGCCCAAGCUCACCCUGGCAGCCAUCUGCAAGUGGAUCAGAGACAACUUCUGCUACUUCCGCCGUGCCCACCCCAGCUGGCAGAGCUCCAUCCGGCACAACCUGUGCAUCAACAAGCGCUUCGUCAAGGUGCCGCGCGAGAAGGGGGAGCCGGGCAGAGGAGCCUUCUGGAAGCUUCACCCCCAGUACGCCCAGUGGCUCAAGAGCAGCACCCUCAAAGGGCACAGGCCCCUUCCCGAGCCCAGGAGAGCCCAGCAGGGCGCACGCCGUGUCCCCAGCCCCGCUGUCACCGCCACCGGCGGCUCCGGGGGCGGCCUGGAGGUGGGCGCGGAGCUGCAGCGGCUGCUGCGCGAGUUCGAGGAGUUCGAGAGCAGCCACAGGUGGAGCCCCGAGGAGAAGCCCGCGGGCCAGCCGAGCAAAGCCGAGGCCUCCUGGCCGCCCGCCUGCGGCCCGGCGAGCCGCGAGGAGCCGGGCGAGCUGACGGAGCUGAAGGGCAGCACGGAGUGGGAAGAGCUGCUCGACGCCGCGGCCGAGCCGGCAGAUUUCCCGGCGCUGGGGCAGCUCCAGGCCGGAGCGCUCCCCCUGCCCCCCGCCCCCCCCGAGGGCAGCCCCGGCCAGGCGGGCUCGGAUGAGACCCUGAUGGCCACGGCUUUCCUGGAGGCCGCGUGGCACGAGGAGAUGCGAGGGAGCAUCGCCGGGGGCGCCGGAACCUUCCAGGCCCCUUCGCCCGGCAGGGAGGGCAUGGACUGGGAGUCUCUGGCCAAUUUAAGACUCUACUAGAGA